CCCGCCGCCGCUCCCGCCCGCCCGGUGGCCUCCGGAGCAUGGAACCCGGGGAGCCCCGGGCGCCCCGCGAGCCCGGCCCGGGGGCAGAGACCGCGGCGGCCCCGGGCUGGGAGGAGAGCAAGACUUUCUACGACAACCUCGCGCCCAAGAAGAAACCCAAAUCGCCCAAGCCCCAGAAUGCUGUCACCAUUGCUGUGUCCUCCCGAGCCUUGUUCCGCAUGGAUGAGGAGCAGCGCAUCUACACGGAGCAGGGCGUGGAAGAGUAUGUGCGCUACCAGCUGGAACACGAGAACGAGCCCUUCAGCCCCGGGCCAGCCUUCCCCUUUGUGAAGGCUCUGGAGGCUGUGAACAGAAGGCUGCGGGAGCUGUACCCCGAGAGUGAGGACAUCUUCGACAUCGUCCUCGUCACCAACAACCACGCUCAAGUGGGUGUCCGUCUCAUCAACAGUAUCAACCACUACGACCUGUUCAUCGAGCGGUUCUGCAUGACAGGUGGGAAUAGCCCCAUCUGCUACCUCAAGGCCUAUCACACCAACCUCUACUUGUCAGCUGAUGCAGAAAAAGUGCGGGAAGCUAUCGAUGAAGGGAUCGCCGCUGCCACCAUCUUCAGCCCCAGCAGGGACGUGGCUGUGUCCCAGAGCCAGCUGCGCGUGGCCUUCGACGGGGAUGCUGUGCUCUUCUCCGAUGAGUCGGAGCGCAUCGUCAAAGCCCACGGGCUGGACAGAUUCUUUGAGCAUGAGAAGGCCCACGAGAAUAAACCUUUGGCUCAGGGCCCCUUGAAGGGCUUUCUGGAGGCACUGGGUAGGCUGCAGAAGAAGUUUUACUCCAAGGGCCUGCGGCUGGAGUGUCCAAUCCGCACCUACUUGGUGACAGCGCGCAGCGCAGCCAGUUCUGGGGCCCGAGCUCUCAAGACGCUGCGCAGCUGGGGGCUGGAGACGGAUGAGGCUUUAUUCCUGGCAGGAGCACCCAAGGGCCCCCUCCUGGAGAAGAUCCGCCCACACAUCUUCUUUGAUGACCAGAUGUUCCAUGUGGCCGGGGCUCAGGAGAUGGGCACUGUGGCCGCCCAUGUGCCUUAUGGUGUGGCACAGACACCCAAGCAGACGGUGGCUAUGAAGCAGGCCGCAUCUGCACCGUAGCUGAGCCACCAGCUUCACUGGCCCACGUUGCUCCAGCUCCCUGUCGUACUUCACCAUGUCAUCCCCUGGACCCUUCUAGCUCCUCACCACUCUGUCCCUCUCCACGUCUGCCCUCAUCCCCAUGAGUGAGGUACUUGCAGGGACUUAGGCAGACUGAGCCCGCAUCCUCACCAGCCCUCCUUGUGGGCAACACUGUGCCAUGAUCCCACCUAGGAGAGUAAGACUGCAGAGUAGCCGGGUUGCAGGGAGCAGUUGACGAAGGAGGGUGGCAGUGUCGGAGGAGCCGUGGUGUCUCACAAGGGGCUGGGGAUGAAAACUAGCUCCGUGUGGUGCAAAGAACAUGGCUUCGAGAGAGAAGCCUGGCUCCAAGCCCUGUCCUGACAUUAGCCCAUGACUUUGGGUAAGUCCCUCCCUUUCAGGGGCCUCAAUUCCCGGAUCUUGGGGGUGGUUUUCAAACUCGCCACCGAAGCAGCUUGGUUUUAAUAGGAUUGCCCUGUGCCGCGCUGCUGCUGGACCAUAUGGUACCUCAGUGCAGUUAGAGAGGUAUGCUGUCCCGAGAAUGAAUUUCAAAAAGUCAGCCCGGUCCUGGGCCUGCUCAGCAGCACAGAGCCUGGAUGUCAGCCCAUUGCUCGGGAUCCCCCAGCUCCUCAGCUCAGAGGCCUGUGUCAAAUUGGCAAAUCGUCCACAGCAACCCUACCUCUAAUUCUGCAUGUUUGGAAAGCACUGGACAAGAUGACCUAUCUGCUUCCUGUGGUCCCCUACCCGGAGUCACCCAUCGGGUCAGCAGCAGCCAGGGGCCGGGCUCCUGGAAGGAGAGAGAAGUGAAUUUAACCUGCUGCAAACUCUGCUUCCGCCAGCAGGGGACACUGCAGGCUCUUCCCCAGGAGGCGCUUUCACCACAGGGGCCUCCAUGCUUCUUUGCUUUUGCUUUUAGCCCAAUUUCAGUAGUUCCUGCCUGCCAACCCCCUCACUCCAGGCUUCAGCCGAGCAGCUUUGCCAGUGGGGAAGAGGGGAGUGUUGGGCUUCACUAUGGUGGGCCCAAAUGCAGGGGAAGAAGCUCAGUGGGUGCAGUGGGAGGUUGUCCGGCCUGUCCUGCCUGCACCCGAGGGAAGGCCUGCCCAGGGUGACGGGGGAAGGUCUGGUCGGAGGCAGUGAACAGUUGGACGGGAAGGAGUGCAAAGGUGCACUGGCAAGAUUCUCCAGCUCUGGGACUGUGAGUGGAAGUACUGAGCUCCCUGUCACCGGGUUGCUGUGCAGGGGGCUCCAGGAUGAGGUCACCUCCCCCUGCAGCGCACCAGCGAAGCCUCCCCCUUGCAGGAGCUUCUGCAGCCCCGUUGUCACUGCUUCUAGGGGAGAACUCUCUUUGAUGAAUCAGCUUCCUCUUUUGCUAACAAGCCAGGCUCUCUCUAUAAAGGAGGGUGGGAACACUGAUGGCUGGUCCCUCAGGAAGACCCAGAAAGGGGAGCCGCCGUCUGUGUGGGCCACAGAUUGCCCAGGCCCCGGGGAGUCCCGCUGUGAGCAAGCACCUUGUAAGGAAAGCCCAAGGUACUGUCAUAGGGAGCAGGAGCCUGGAGGUGUGUGCAGGAGAGCUGGACUGCUGGUGAGGGCGGAAGAAGGGGGUGAAGGGCCACCUGGGGUCUGACUUUUGUCAUUUUGAGGACUCAGCACAGGGUCUGACUAAGUACAUGGUCUGGACAGUGUGGGGCAAGAUAGUAGUUGCAGAAAGAUAAUCCAGGGUGGAGGAAAAAGUGAGGAGACAGAGGUGGCUCUCAAAAUGAGCAAUAGUUUAGGCUGGAAGAGGAGAGCUGGGCCGGGUUUUCACUCUCUGUGUGGGACACUGGGCCUGGGAGGAAGGUCAAGCCCGUACUGAGUGUCUGGGGCAGACCCCACCACUGACUGCCUUAUCAUGGGGGGGGAGGGGGGCACGUGAUGAAGAUGUCUUCGUACGGGUCUUUCCACCCACAGCCGGGAUCCUUCUGGCCAACAGAGGAGGCCUCAGGGCAGGGGGCCUGGUUUUGAGUUCCUUCCUCUGUUCGGUACCCGGCCAGAGAUACUGGGAGACCCAAGAACAGCCUCUACCAAAGAAAGUGAGAGAGUCAUCUUUGAUCUUGGCUAAACCCCAGAAGGCCCUCUGUCCUUCCCCAGUCUCAGAAUCACCCCAUUGGACGAGCCUCUAGGGCUCACAGAGCCAGCCACAGCCACCAGCAGCCUGCACGCUGGCACAGCCGAGGUUCAUGGUAUGAGGCUGCAUGGCCAGAAUGGACAUGUGCGUUGGGCACCAGAUGGUGCCUAAUUAAGAUAAACCCCAGGGAUUCUGAAACCAGGAGGUCCUGCCUCCAGGACCUAGUGAUAAAACAGCCCUGAUUCUUCUGGGUCUCUCAGGAGGCAGAAAAAUAUGAUGCUGGAAGCAGAGAGAUAAGGUGCAGUAAAAGCCGUGCCUUUCACUGGAGCCGCGAGUAAUAGACGUAGACAGCCCUGGGCGUGAGGGGCACUAGGGUCUGGCUCUAUUAUCGAGACUGUAAAUGAGCAUCUCAGGCCUGGAAAAAAGCUUUCAGUGGCUGAAGUAAAUGGCCAGGAUCCCGGGGGCAGGCGAGGCAGCGCCAGACGCACGUUCUGAUUCUAUCCAGGGGCAAGGAGGAGCCCCGGGUGAGGAGCACUGCUUCUGGAUCACUGGGCAGAUUGGAAGGCCAGGUGAGCAUCACGGACCGCACUGGACUGCAGGGCUGGGCCAGAGGAGCUGCAGCUCCCGAAAUGCUGGGCCCCUGGAGCCCAAAGCACAACUCCCUGACAAGUCCUGCAGGGCACUUCCCAGGAAAUGCUUGCCGACCAAGUCCCCGACCCAAUGGAAACUGCCAGUUGGCGGAAAAACAAGCCCUGCCACUCUGCCCUGAGCCUGCUAAGACCAUUGCAGAACCACUCUCUCCUCGUCCCCAUCAGAAUGGUGGGGAUGGAGCAAGAGAUGCCAGGAGAAAUCAAAACCAGUGAGAAGCUCAAAUCCCAGAUGGAUCCAGCAUCAUAAUGAUAUUCAACUGGUGUAACUGGUGUGCGCCAGUGCACCCAGCUGGUGAUUAAAACAUUGAAAUACCUCUGUAACAGCUGGUAAACAGCACUGCCCUGAGCCCCUGAGUGCCCCUUCGUGGCCUCAACCUCCCUGGCCCCUCCACUGUGACAAUUCCGUCUUCCCACAAUUCAGCCAAAGGGGCAUCCUGGAGGCUGCACCAGCACGUUGGCCAUCGCCCACUCUGGUUGCUCGUUUAGAGAGAGCAACUUGCCCAAAGUCAUGCAGCUAGCGAGUGGCAGCGCUGGCACUGAAGUUCCCGUUGGGACCCAGGCUCUUAGCCAUUCUCCGGACAGCCUGGACAGCAGAGAGGAGAUGGCAAGAGAACCUUUGUGACGAAUGAGCUUGCUCAACGGUGGACAUGUUGACGUCCUUCACGUCAAAAUGCUAUAAAACACGUGAGCGGGUGCGGUUUUGUUGUAGUGUCUUACAUAGCUAAGAAGAAGUGAGAGCCAAACAUUGCAGAGCUCCUGAGGCACCACCCAAGUUCUCCGGAACCCCAUUUGAAGACCCUUGUAUGGGGCUGAUGCAGGGUUUUGCAGUUUAUGGGCCAAAUCUAGUCCACCACCCGUUUUUGUAGAGACACUUUUGUCGGAACACAGCUAUGCCCGUUGGUUUGCAUAUGUCUGUGGCUGCUUUUGCACCCAGCAGCAGGUUGAGUUGUUUCAACGGAGACCAAGGAGCUGAAAAUAUUAAUCUGACCCUGGGCAGAGGCAAAUAUCCCCGGGUCUACCCACCGGGGGGGAAAGACCAGCUCAUAUCCACCUAAGCACUGGAGGCAGAGUCUGGUUUCACUGCCAAGGGAGCGGCCUGCUCUGGCUUCUGCGGCCAUCUGUGGGCAUCUUUAGGGCUGCAGAAAAUUGCAGGCGCUAGCUACGUGCCUUGAUGUCACACACGACAGAUCCUUGGCAUCUGAGGAGUUUAGAUUUCAAGUUUUAGCUAUUUCCACAUGCCCCGCGGCCUGUUGUAAUUUGAAAUGCUGUUGACUCUUAAAGUUGAGUUGAGUGUGCCCUCCUAAGCGGAUGGGUGAGGGGCAGGGAGCAGGACCCCUGGCUAGGCCUGAGCCCAGCUGGCUGUUCGGCACCUGCUCAGCGUGGCUUUGUUGUUCUUGACUCCUCAUUGCCCUCAUGGGGCCUCUUGGGAAGUGACAAGUGCUGGUAGAUGGAUGGGCUUUGGCUAAAUCUUAGUUUUGGGUAAAAUGGAGUGCCCAGUAUUGACUUCAGCAUUCUGAUCUAACAACAAGUCAUCCAUAUGCUCUCUGUGGAAGGAAGAACCAGUUCUUCAUGAAGACAGCUCCAGCGAGGGCUUCAGCUGGCCCAGAAAUUACCGAGCGAGCAAGAGAGAAAACUCCAGUGAAAGUCAGAACGGCCAUUUUCUGGUCCUAGACGGGUGUGAGCAGCACAUGUACCCUCAUGGUGAAAUUGUGGAUUAGGAGAAAUCUAGGACCCUGCAGAUCUAGUUUACCAAGGUUCCAGGAUCCACUGCGAGAAAGGCAAAGUGAAGACAUGGUCCUACCUAUAGACAGCACUUCCACCAGGAUACUCUUGUCCCAUGAGCCCAGACUGGGCCUCAGAAUUCUUCUCAACCCAGCCUUCCGGGCAGCCCCUACCAGCGAGUUGGAGUUGGAAGAUGAAACCCUGUUUUGACAUCCCUAUUGGUGUUGGGUACUGCUUUCCAGAGGGCAGGCCAGGCCCUGAUUGUUCAUUCUCUAAAUUCAAGAUGGGGGGGGCGCAUCUCACUCUACUCCGACAGGACACAGAGAGGAGGGAGGAUGGCAGCUUCCCCGAACUAGAGGCGCCUGGGAACUGGUGUUCUCUGGGUUUCACCGUUGCAAGGCCUUUAAAGCCUGAAAAUCGCUCGCAUCGGUAGGUGGCGCUGGAGGCCAGGACGCUGCCGCUGGCCCAAGUCCGGGGACUUGGUUCCUUUUCUGUCCCAUGGAGCUCUGUGCUGUGCUGGGCCCCCGCAGGUAGCUCAGCCUAAAAGCGCCAGAGGGGCCCCGAAAACCUCCGGUGAGAAAAGCUGACUGCUCUCACCCGCAACCACUGUGAUUGUGUGUGUGGACACCUUCAUAUGAGUGUGCACAAUGGGAUAUAGCUGCAUGUAUGCAUGUUUACAUGGGGGGGGGGUAAUGGGUCAGAUAUCUCUGCUGACAACGUGUGUGUGUGUGUGUGUGUGUGUGUGUGUGUGUGUCUGUGUGUGUGUACAGAUGGUUAUAUCUGUUAACCUGGGGAUCCUGGGCCCCCCUACUUAUUCUGGCCAGCCCUGUUUCCUGGGACUGCUUCUGGCCAUUCCCGUCAUCUCAAGGGCAUUUGCACAUGUGCAGCAUGGGGGCCGCUGAAGCCAAGCUCCUUAUCUUUCUUUUCAGUGUCUGACUUUGGCCAACAAGGUCUUGGCUCCUAACCCUCUGCCUCCCAGCCCUACCUCCCGCAGCUUGGAAAGGAAGUGGCACAUCUGUGCUAGGAUACCCCAUUUGGUUGCACCUGCCUCAUCAUCUCCACUUGUUUCUUUGCUCUCGCUGUUAGUCCCAGGGCCAACAUGUGCAGUUGGGCAGAUUUUAUGCUGCACAGAUCCAGAUGGAGUCGUUCACACUGUGACUUGAGUGGAGCUUUCUAAACACCCGCAAAACCUGCCAACCUCACCCGGCUGCCCUGGCCAUGUCGCGGUCAUGGCGAGAAAAGCUGCCUUCUUUCCGGCCCUCCUUGGCCCAGCCCAGCCUCAGCUGGGAUUCCUUCCUCUGCUUGGGUGUUCUAGUCUGGCCCAGAAGUGACUCACCCUUGACCUCGAUCUCCUCGAUGCCUGUGGAAUUGAGUCUGUGCAAGUGGAGGAUGGCUGGCAACUUUUCAGUGACUGGCCUUUGCAGAGUUAGAGGUCUCUGUAAGACACGUGGGAGUUCUACAGGCGAGGGUUAUGCCUCCCACACCCCUGGCCUUGGGUGAAUAUGCCUUCCUGGGUCCACUGCUAAGAUGGGUCUGCCAUGGAUAUGAGGGUAAAGGGCUCAAGACUAAGGCCUGAAGGCUUGGAGCUGCCACCAAGCAGAAAGUCACGAGGUCACUGCAGACUGGAUGCCUGGCCCUGGUCACAGACCCUGAUGCCUCCCUGAACCAGGCAGGAGCCGUAAGUGAGCAGAGAGAUGAGGCCGGGUCUUCAGGGUAAUGGAGCACAACACAUGCUGUUGUCUGACUCGGUGGCUGCCAUGUGGGAAUGUGUGGUGGCCUUGCCAGAUAUUCCACCCCAUUUUUCAAGGGAAGCUAAAAAUCUGGACUUUCAAAUUUGGCAACUAUUUUGAAUUCGGAGAGCAUCGUGCAGGCCAAACAAAACACAUCUUGCAGGCCAAAGCCAGUGCUGGAGUCUCCCGUCUGCACCCUCUGGCCCGGGCCCAGUGAAUUGAGUCAUUCAGAACCCACCAGCUGAGUGUGCAAGGAUGUGAUCCUUAGGCUCACGGGGCCUGGGGUCUGUGAGAGGCUUCAGAGAUAACCUGGUUUGUCCUUGGGUAUUUUAAACUGUGUCCAUACAAAGUUCUUGAUUAGCACACGUAUCUUUAGCUUCUGGUUUCUACUUAAAAGCAUCUCAGUCCCGUCUCGUACAGAACAAGAUUUAAAGUGAAGCCUUACCCGUCGUGUGCUUGUAUUUACCUGUCAGAAGCCCUAUUUAUAUCUUUAUAGGUCUAUUUAUAUCUUUUGCAAACAUAGGCUGCCCUGGUCUUCCUUACAACCUAACCUCCUCGAGUUGCUUUUUAUGGUAAAUCUCCUAAGUGCCUCCUUAAAUGGUUGGAGCAUGUGCUUCUUCAUCUACGUGAGUUGCCUCGUCUGAGGAGGGGUAAGAGAGCCCCUACCUUCUCAGCUCUGCCCCCCCCUUGGUCUGCGAUCUGCCCUCCCCACGGCCCAGCUGCGUCUGGCUCAUGGCAUUUACCCCAUCAUGUGACGAAGGGUGCUGUGUGCUCGUCCGCCUGGGUGCCUCUCAUCCCUCAUGCUUGUUCUGUAACUGAAUUUCACCAUUUCUGGGCUUCUGCCUCUUGAAAGCCAUUCAGAGAAAUAGAAGAUGUUUAAAAAUAAACUUGUAUUGCCUGGUUUUCCCUCCUCACAA